ACCGCUGGGUUUCAAGAGAUUCUGACCGAGGUGGAAAUUUUAGCGGUGAUUGUGGGAUGCCUGUGUCAUGACCUCGACCACAGGGGAACCAACAAUGCCUUCCAAGCUAAGAGUGGCUCUGCACUGGCCCAACUCUAUGGGACCUCAGCUACCUUAGAGCAUCACCAUUUUAACCAUGCUGUGAUGAUCCUUCAAAGUGAGGGUCACAACAUCUUUGCUAAUUUGUCCUCCAAGGAAUACAGUGACCUUAUGCAGCUUUUGAAGCAGUCAAUAUUAGCAACAGACCUCACGCUAUACUUUGAGAGGAGAACGGAAUUUUUUGAACUUGUCAGUAAAGGAGAAUAUGAUUGGAAUAUCAAAAACCAUCGUGACAUAGUUCGAUCAAUGUUAAUGACAGCCUGUGACCUUGGAGCCGUGACCAAACCGUGGGAGAUCUCCAGACAGGUGGCUGAACUUGUAACCAGUGAGUUCUUUGAACAAGGAGAUCGGGAGAGAUCAGAACUUAAACUCACUCCUUCAGCUAUUUUUGACCGGAACCGGAAAGAUGAACUGCCUCGGUUGCAAUUGGAAUGGAUUGAUAGCAUCUGCAUGCCCUUGUAUCAGGCAUUGGUGAAGGUCAAUGUGAAAUUAAAGCCAAUGCUGGAUUCAGUAGCUGCGAACCGAAGGAAAUGGGAAGAGUUGCACCAGAAAAGACUGCUGGUCUCCACUGCCGCCCCUGCCAGCCUUCUUGUGUCCGGAGAGGACAGAAACUAA